CCGCUCCCGCUUUCCCGCUCCCUCCUCACAGUCCCGUGUCCCGGUGCGGAUUCCCGGGAUGCGGGGCGGUUGUCCGCUGGUGGAGGACAGCGUGAGCCGCUUGGGCUCGCAGAGCAGUGUGUACGGACUGUCGGCGCUGCCGGGGGGCGCGGGGGGGGCCCCGGGGGGGCUCUUGGCCGCCGCCCUCAAGGGCAAAGUGCUCCACGUCCGCUACCAGGACCUACGGCAGCGCCUGCGGCCCCUCGCCCGGCACCUCCAGUUCACAUACAUCCCCGUGGACGCUGAGAUCGUCUCCAUCGACUCCUUCGCCAAAUCCCCCCCUCAGCGCGGGGUGGUCGUGGGCAUCACCUUCGUCAAGGAUUCCGGGGAGAAGCCGAGUCCCUUCCUCAACAUCUACUGCGAUUACGAACCGGGAUGCGAGAAUGACCUCGACUGCAUCGCCCAGAGUUGCCUCAAUCUGGAGCUGCAGUUUACGCCCUUCCAGCUCUGCCACGCUGAGGUGUGCCUGGGAUCGCCGGACUCGGAGCCGUCGACAGAGACGGUGUUCCUGCUGAGCGGGAACGAUCCGGCCGUCCACCUCUACCGCGAGAACGCGGCCUCCCACCAGUUUGAGGAGCACCCGGUGCAGCCGCUCUUCCCGGAGCUCCAGGACCUGCCCAGCCCGAUCCUCUGGCUCGAUGUCCGGAACAUUCCCGGCGGCCACCGCCUCAGCGCCUUCGGUUGCCAGAACGGCUUUGUCCGCGUGGCGCGCGUCGACCAGAGCCGACGCGCGCUGCUCCAGAGCUGGAGCCUCCAGCACGACGCGCCCGUCGCCAGGGUCCUCGUCUUCCCGCUGGCGCCGGGACCCGGAGCCGAGACCGAAGGCGAGAACUACAGCGUCCUGGUCGCCAGCACCAUCGAGGUCGCCGUCGUCUACAGGAACGUUUCAGCCAAGGGAUUGAGCGAUCAAUUGGUUUUACCGGGAAGCGACCGCUACGACAGCGUCCUCUGCGCCGCGGCCGCCGACGUCGACUUCGACGGCUCCCAGGAAAUCCUGCUCGGCACUUACGGACAGGAGCUGCUCUGCUACAAAUACUCGGUGGGCGGUGAAUUCCGGCUGCUGUGGUCGCGGCGGUUCCCGAGUCCGCUCCUGGCGCUGCUCCACACGGAUCUGACGGCCGACGGCGUCUCCGAGCUCGCCGUCGUCUGCCUCAAGGCCCUCCACGUGCUCCAGGUCGGCGUUCCCGGCAUUCCCGGCGUUCCCGGCGGCUCGGGCGGCUCCGGCGGCUCAUUCCGCUCUGGAUGGUCUCUGCAGCACAGCCUGGAGGCCACGGCGCGGCUGCUCCUGGAGCGACUCCGGCGCGAAGCCGAGCGGCGACGGCGCCAACGGAUGGCGAUACCGGAUCAGGAAUCCGGCACCGACGCGGCCGCGGAAUAAAACCUGCCCGGACAUUCCGGGAU